UUAACACUAUAAUCGUCAGGGGUUUUUAAUUAAAAUAAAUAAAAAUAAACCCUUGUAUAAGUGGAGUAAUGCCUAUCAUGAAGAAACCCCGGAAAACUGAGUCACUUGUACAACUAGUGGAUAGAAAGGCUCAAAAAAAUGGCAUCCUCAAUACCAUCUACAGCACAAACGGAGACCAAUACACUGGAGAAUGGAAGGAUAACAUGAGACACGGAAAAGGAACUCAAGUGUGGAAGAGAGCUGGAGCUGUGUAUGAAGGUGAAUGGAAACAGAAUGGCCGUGACGGCUAUGGGAUGCUCAGCAAACUGCAGCGAUCAACUAAUAAAUACGUAAAAGUUUAUUCAGGCACAUGGAGAAAUGAUAAGAAAGAGGGGUUAGGGACACGUUUCUACAGCUCGUCAUCACAAUAUGAGGGAGAGUGGGUGGAGAACAAGAGGAGCGGAUGGGGAAGGAUGACUUAUGAAAAUGGAGAUGUGUAUGAAGGAGAGUGGCUGAAGGAUAAACCCCAGGGUCAGGGCGUGCUGUGGCUCGUGAAUGGGAACAGAUAUGAGGGCAGCUGGAAAGACGGGAAGAAACACGGACACGGACGCUUCUUUUACACCGGCAGGGGUCAACUAUAUGAGGGGUUCUGGUUAGACGACAUGCCCAGGUGCGGGACAGUGUGUGAUUACGACAUAAAGCAUGCACCAACACCACCGCUGUACCCCAUCCCUCCGGUGAUGCUGCAGGAUGUUCAGUCGGUACUGACGGAGGGACGUGACCGGUUCUGUUCCAGCCGAUAGGUUUAAAAAAAAAUCAACUGGUGAAUCCUGCUGUCUGUGCAUGAUAUCACCUGGGGAUCAGCAGUUUUUGAAAUACUCAGACCAGCCCAUCUAGCACCAAUCUCUGACUCAGAGAUCACACUUUUCCCCCAUUACUGAUGUGAACAUUAACUGAGACCUGUAUCUCCAUGAUUCUUUUAUAAUGUGCAGGUAGGCACUUAGUAUACCCAAAU